AUGACAUCAUCAUUUAUAGAGCUGACUUGCCUUGUAUCGGAGAACACUUUAUGUACGAGCGAUUCCAAGACGAAAAUACAAAAGAUCGUCACCGAAGGAGAUCGAUUCCUGGACAGGUGCAUAAGUCAAGCUGGAUCGGAGAUUCGAAACAGUUCGAGUCAAUUUGUGGCGGAAACAAAUAAGGCUGUGUCGAAAGGACACGCUAUCCUCGAUUCCCUUGACGAUUGCAUGCAAAAGACCGGUUUCCAACAGUUCUCUUGCUACAGGAAGGUCAUGAAUAACGACGUCGAACCACUUACCGGAACGCUUUUGGAAACCAUAAGAAAGCACAAAGAUAAUCACAUGAGCAGUCUCAAAGUACGGAGUAACGCGUUUAAUUGUUUUGAAAACGUUUUGUCGAUAUACAAAAAGAAAGUUGCAGAGGUAUUAACUGAGGCGUUAAGGUGUUGAAA